UUCGUUAAUAUUCAGUAUUUGUGCGUUAUUUUUAAAACAUCUUUACAAAUCAGAAUGAAAUAUUUAAUGGCCGCAUCUUUAUGUGUUUUCUUUAUGAUUAUAGGGAUAAGGCCCUCAUAUUUAAUGAAAUUUGGGACCAUAAAGUUCGAACCAGAAAGGGUAAUGGAAUGCCAUACAGCACGCCUAAUUUACACACCAAACCAGAGCGGCAAAGAACGCAGAUGGGUCAGAGAACAUAUAGAUACAGCAACGGUAGAAACAAUUUAUGAACACAAGAAAAUACAAUACUAUGAUACAACCAAAUACUUUGAAUUAAAACAUGGUGACAAGUUCAUCUUAUUUAUAUCAGCGAUUAAUUCAACAGACAGUGGAGAAUAUUUGAUUUUUAAUGGUGAAAGAUUCAUCGGUCGUUCACGUCUAACUGUAAUUGGAAACUCUUCAGAAGGAGGUUGCAUUGAUAAAUGUGGCGAGCUUUGGAUCACAAAAUCAAACAUCACAGACGGAGACCAAGUUGCUUUUCAAUUCUUUGUUGCUUCUGGCAAAAACGUGAUCUGGGAAAAGAAAUUGGUUUCAUCCUUUAAUCAACUGGCUGGUGGGAAGUAUGAGAUAGCAGAGACUGAAGAGAAACGGAUGCAUACCCUUGAUAUUUUAAAGACAGAUUUAAGCGAUAGAGGUGAAUACAGAGUAAAUUGCGGUAACACAGUGUCAAAUUCAGUUUAUUUGAAUAUUGUUCUACCAGUACCAGUAUUUUCCAACGUUGAACGCAAAUCUUACUGCAAACUUAAAAGAUGUAUAUUGGCCUCUCUUAAUGAAGCCGUAAUGGUAGAAUGUUCCGUUAAAGGUGCUCGAUCAUCAGAAGAAGUUUUCAUGUCGAAGAAUGACCUGAUGCUUAAGAAUGCAAUACACACUCACGAAGACAGAUUUAAUGUGACCUAUACUUAUGUAAAAUACAGUUUUGUGCCAACUAGAUCAGAUAUUGACACAAUAUUUAAAUGUAUGGUGAAAAAUCAAGGUCCUUCAGAAUUUUCGUCGGCAUCUGUAAUGGCUUAUGUUUCAGUUACCCCAGAAAAGAUUGAAAUCAGUUUCAACGAGAUAAUAGAAGGAACGAAAUGUGAAGUUCAAUGUAUUGCAAUUAAUGGCAGACCACCACUAAAAUCGAAUUUGUAUAUAGAUGGUCAAAAUGAACCUGGCACGAUGAAGACAAAUAAAAGAGGGCCUGGAAACAUGUAUACUAUAACCACGUCGAUAACUAAAAAUUUUACCCGCCUCCAUAAUCAGGUAAAGGUACUGUGCUGCAGUUCUGUUGGUAAUGGAAUAUGUGGAGAAAAGAAAGUCAAUAUUUUGUAUUCACCAAUAGUUAACAUAUCUUGGCAAGAAAACAAAGAUAUAUUCGUCGGUGAUGACGUUCACUUGACUUGCCACGUGGAAAGUAAUCCACCGUCAACAAUAUCUUGGUACAAUCAGUCUGGUUUAAUUCAAGUGGUUUACGAAACAAAACUACUCGAUAUCAAUUUAACAAGCGUCUCGACAGACUAUUCCGGUACAUACACCUGCACGGCACACAAUGGUAUAGGUGGGAUAGCAUCAAAAAGUAUAUCACUUAUUGUAAAAGAAUCAAGAAAAGCUAUGGUUCACAGCUAUGUUUUGGGUCUGGCUAUAGGUAUUCCUAUAACUGCGGUUCUGACCUCUGUCAUAUCUUUCAUUAUGGUUUAUAAAAGAAGAAAAGGUGCAUUGUUGGUGACCAGAACAGACGGGGUUGACAAUGAGUAUAAUGGAAGCAGAAACGACGAUACUGACUUACAGGCCGGAUAUGAGUCUUUGGCAAGACAAGACACAUCGAAUGAGGUAGAAAUGUAUACACAAAUAGAUAAUCGUAAACCCACAGAAUUGCGUGUCGUGUAUGAGAAUUUAGAGUUAUGUAGAAGAGGAAACCAAUAAGUGUGAUAUGGAUAUUUUACAUCUUUACCUAAAAACUAUUAGAGACAGAGAAAAAUCUAAAUUAUGUUACUGAUUUCAUCAUUUUGGUAUUUCAUUUUGAUAUUCAAUUUUAAAAAGUGCAUUGACAUUUUAGGCCUGGUCAGACAUUUAAAUUGUGCAUACUUUAAUUAAAGAUAGGAUUACUAAAACUGUAAUUGGGAUAAUGCUCUCGUGAUUGUAGUUUUAUAAAUAAUUUUGAAAUUAUUUUCACAAUAUUCAUCGUUUAUUUGACACUGGCAAUGUACUUGGUAUAUGUUUUGACAUAGAUCUGUGAAAUCACAGUUUAAAGUUGCGAAACGGUGUACUGUACAAUGCAUGUUACAGUUUACAUUUUUACUUAUAUCAAAACUAUUACAAAAUUUCAUCUUUUGAGUAGAUAUAAAAUAAACAUAUUAACAUGAAUAAAUGUGUGUAUAUAAAGUUCUUAUUCGUAAUCUUUGUGAUAAUACUCUUUGAUCCUGUCUUUGAUUUGCAUAUCAUUUAUUGUACAUAGUUAAAUCUAUGAUUAUUCCAAAAUUAUGGCUAGACUUGUACCAUAAUUGCCGACUUUGAACUAUGGAAUUAUAAAAACAGUAAUUGUGACCAAUAUUGUUACAAUUUAUUGCACCAAAACGUUAUCCGAAACCUUUUAAUAAAAUAACGUUAUAAGAAGCGCCCUAGUUUAACAGUUACGGGCUCUUUUCAUACACAAAAUGCAUAAGAAUUUUGAAAGGUUUGUGUGAUUUUUGCAUGUGUAGUAUACUAUUAGUAAAUGCUUUUCUUUACCUUUUUU